AUGUCCCAAAGCUCGGGCAAUGGGCCCCUCCCGGUCCUUCACCGGGUUGGCCUCGCGGGGGCCCUGGCUCGCUUUGGCCAGCGCUCUUAUGCGGCCGACUACAUCGCGUUGGGGUUCCUGGCAUUGGGCUGGGUCCUGAUCCAAUUUAUGGACCCCUUCCACCGCAUGUUUUCCCUCGACAACAAGGCCAUCAUGUACCCAUUCGCCGUCCAUGAGCGAGUUCCUGUUGUAUGGUCAAUCAUAAUUGCCGGUGUGAUACCCUUCAGCAUUAUCCUCGUUUGGUCCGCCAUGUUGCGUCCCGGGGUACAAAAGACGCAAGUCACGGUGCUCGGGCUAUUGGUCGCUCUGAUGUUGACAUCUUUCCUCACGGAUUUGAUCAAGAAUGCAGUGGGGAGACCUCGUCCAGACCUAUUAUCACGUUGCAAACCCGCCCGGGGCACGUCAGCCAAUGUGCUGGUCGCAUGGACUGUCUGCACCGAGUCCAACCAACAAAUUCUACAAGAAGGCUGGCGCAGCUUCCCCAGUGGACACAGUAGCUUCUCAUUUGCCGGCCUUGGCUAUUUCUCACUCUUCAUCUGCGGCCAGAUGCAUGUUUUCCGCCCGAGGACGGACCUCAGCCGGUGCCUUCUGGGGCUCUUUCCCCUGCUGUGUGCGCUUAUGGUUGCUAUCUCACGUCUAGAUGACUACAGGCAUGACGUGUGGGAUGUGACUUGCGGUGGACUUCUGGGUAUGCUCGUGGGCUGGUUCUCCUAUCGCCGUUACUACCCACCUCUGCGAUCCGUUACCUGUGAUGAGCCUUGGAACAAGUCUGAAUCUUCAAGUAUAGAAGGGUUUGCUAGGCUGAAUGAUGAGGAACAGGCUCUAUCGCGGCCGUUCAUCCCUCGGGGUAACCCCGAAGAAACCUUCCAACUAGAGGAUACCAUGGGUGCCGACAGUGGCCACUAG